GUAAGAGCAAGCAAGCACCUCGCUUAACUGCCGAGGAGCGCAGCUCACCCCGCCCAGGCGGUGGCAGCAGCUAGCUCUGACCGUUCCACGAGCUGGCACCGCGCAGGGCGGGCGCUCCGCUCCUAAAUAGCCUUUCUCAGGGCGGGCCGGGGCCACUCCGUGCUGAGAGAGCGGGCUGGGAGAAGCGGAGAAAGAGACGGCUGUUGCCGCGCGCGGCGUGGCGACCACGGCGCCCUCCCUCCGCUGCUGCCACCGCCACUGCCACGGAACGCGCCGGGACACGGAGUCCGCGCGCCACAUGGGACACAGGCGGGCUGAAUGAGGCUUCCCCGCUGCCUCCGUCUCUGAGGCGGGAGAACGGAGCCGCCGCCGCCGCCGCCGCCGCCACCACCGGCCAACCGGUAACGGCUCCGCAUGCGCCGCUGGUUGAGAGAGUGGGGGAGCAGAAGGGCACCAAAUUCAAACAGCGAAAGAGACGCAGGCAGAGAAAGGAGGACCGUCGGAAGAACGGAUGGUUCGGUGGGGGGAAGCGACGAGGAGGAGGAGGAGGAGACGGUGGGAGGAGAGCAGAAUGAAGUGAGAGGCAAAUAAGAAGAGGGGCUUCGGGGAGGAGGAAGGGGUGGGGAGCAGAGGCAGGCAGGCUAAGGCAAGGCAGCGCGUGAGAGUCCCUCGCAUUCUCUCCAGAGGGAGCUCAGGUCUGCUCUCCGCUUCCCUCGCCAGGCACAUCCCGGCGGCCGCCUCUCCUUUUCGCUGUCGCUGAGCGUCCCCCACUGGGCGCCGCCAUGGUCGACAGGGGUCCCCUGCUCACGUCCGCGAUCAUCUUCUACCUGUCCAUCGGAGCAGCGAUUUUCGAAGUCUUGGAGCAGCCUUACUGGAAGCAAGCGACGCAGAGCUACAAGGACAAGAAAACGCAACUCCUCAAGGAUUUCCCCUGCCUGGGCCAGGAAGGGCUGGACAAGAUCCUGCAGGUGAGUUUGGGAGCGGGGGAAAAAAAGCUGCUCUUCAGAAAGAAAUCCGAUGGAGAAGUCGCUGGGCUGGGCUGGAGUGUGGCGGCUUGUCCACCUUCUGUGAACCGACGGUCACGUUGGAGGCUUCCAAAGCGGAGGACUUCAAAGAGUACUGUAUUAUAAGCCUAAGCAAAUGGCACCUGAGGACAUGAGCGCACACCUCCCGCACACGAAAUAAAAAGGGGAAAUACCACCCACCCAUACACACAGAGAGAGUCCCCCCCCCCUUACACGGGGGACAUCAUUGUGUUCCUCCUGGGGGAAGGAGCCAACCCUUUGAAUGAAAGCAUGGGUUAUUGUUUAGCUCUGUCGGUGCGUUUCAAACCCUGCACCUCCUCCCUCCCUAAAUUGCACAAGCCUAACAAUGCAUGAACAAAAUUCAAAGUACAGUAGAUGAGCACCAGGAGCGAUCCGAGGUUGGGAGUAUGUGUUUGCAGAACAAAUCGUUCUUUGAAGGGGGGGACACACACAUUAAAUGUGGCAUUCAACGCGAAGCUCACUUGUAACAGCAGUCGUUUUAUUUCAUUCUCCCCACCCUUUCGGAGCCCUCUCAUUGUACCCUCUCGACAUACAAACGCGUUUAUCUUUUAAGCAGCGUUUAAGAACUGGACUUUCCCCAGAGUGCUCAGACUCAGUUGGUUUGUCACACUCCUUCCCCUCUGUAAACUCCUCCUCAGUCAUACGUUGCCGGUGGCUGUUAUUGUGACUUUUCUAAGGGGCAGGCCCAGCACAGUUUUGUACUGUUUUAUGUCAGCAGCAGGUGCUUAGUUUCUCGUUUCCUCUUUUUCAAAUGUGCAGAUGUUAUCAGUACAACUUUUAAGCCUGUGAGCAGGUGAAAAGCGUGGAAGAGAUUAUAAAAAGAAAGGGAGUGCAAACAGGGAGAGAGGGGAAAACUUUGUGAUGUGUCCUUGAAACAUUGUGCAGUUUUAAGUUUUCUUUCAAUAUUUGAAUGGCAAGGCUUGUACAGUAAUAAGCAAAACACCUGUUUCAUGCUUUGCAUCUGGAUAACUGAGCUGUGUGCGGGUGCAUGAAUUUUCUCCUCUUGAAAGUUCAAAGGUGAACGUCUGUUUAAAUUAAUUCACUGGGAAAUAUUCCUUCCUGCAACUUAUAGCUUCUCUAGAAUGUUUUCUCAUUAUCAGCUCAGUAUGGAUACUCUGGUAGAUCUGAAUGUGAAUAGAAAGAUUCCAGUCCUCAAAGAGCUCAACUUGCAGGAGCCCCAUUGAUUGAGUCACAUGAGAUCCGGAAACAAAGGAUGAUGCUGAAUAGUUCCUGCCCUUGAUCCUUUUCUUUGUUUGCCUGUCUCUUCUUAUAUGCUUCAUAAGCUCCAUUAUGUGGAAAGUUUGCCUGGCACUUUUGUUAAGCUCUGGCUUGCACAGAGUGUGAGGCUAGACAGUAAAAUAAAGAACUGCAGGAUUCUUGUUGCAGCUGCAUAAAAUAUCAUUUAGGUUGAAUCCUCACUGAACUUCUAGUAGUAUAUAGCAGUGGACAUGUUACUGAUUCUGGAACAGAGUCUUGCAGCACCUUUGAAGGCUACUCUUUAUUGCAGCAUAAGCUUUUGUAGACCAGCUUUUGUCUGUCCUAUGCAUGAAGCAUUGUCAGUUUUGCAAGCUCCUGUAACUGUAAACUCCUCAGGGCAGGGACCUGACCCUUUUUGUACCCUGUAAAGCACCAUGUGCAUUGAUGAUGUUAUAAUAACUGGCAUAUAUGCAUGUAUUACAUAUACAGAUAUAGCUGGAAAAUUAUGAAAGAGGGAGGCCAAAAUGUCAUGAAAUACAGGAAGGUACAGGCAUUCUGUGGUGUGUGUGUGUUUUUAGAAAAGCUUGUUCUUCUGGCGUAUUCAAUGCACUUUCAUCUGCUGCUGAAGUUGAAAAGGGCAACGGAAAUGCUCAGGGGCCUGGAGACAUUUGUCCUAUGUGGAAAGGUUGCAACAUCUGACGAAAUGGUACAGAAGGGGGCACAUGAUAGAGGUAUAGAAUGGUGUGAAGACAGAGAAGUAUUUCUACACUCCCUCCUAAUACCCAGGGUUAUCUGAUGAUACUGAUUGGUAGGAAAUUCACCAGGGCUCUUCUUUAUGUUCUUAGUGUUUGUGGGUGGAAUUAAACGUGCGCUAUUACAAACGUUCCAUCUGCACAAGCAGAAGGUUUGCCAGAUGAAAUGAUUCCACCCCCCUGCACUGUUCUGGAGGUUCUUCUGACACACACAAACCCAAGCCAAUUGUGGGGAGGUGAAAAGCCUGUGUGCAGGGCUUCCACUGAAAGGGAAGUUGGUAUAUAUCUUAUUCCUCCUGUGCUUAAUCACUUUGAAGUUAAUAUAACUGUAGAGGGUUAUGCAAUAAGGGUCAAUCAAUUUAUACAUGACUGGAGUAUUCCAUGGUCUAUCUGUUUUCACUUGUUUUGGGGAUACAUGGAAUGGAUCCAAUUUUCCAAUUUGAAAAAAAGGAAGGACGGGCUUACAAUUAAUUUACUCAUUGUUAUCAUAUAGCAUUGCUUUUAUUGAAGUCAAAAUGAAAAUAUUCUGACCACUGGAUGCACUGGGAUAACAUUCCGUAAUGUGAACUGGGGUAGUCAUGGCUGAUGGUUAUCGCAGAAAACCCCUCUUUUAGUGUGAGGGUGAGCUAAGUAACCUUUUGGUUUAAAUUCUUUUGUGCUGUCACUACUGAUUUUCGGGUUUCUGUAACUUUAUAUCUCUGUUGGUCCCUUGGUGACUGAUGUGACUGUCAUCUAAGGCAGUGGAUCAUAAACUUGGUGUUUGCUUGUUCUUUGUGGACUUGUAUUUUUUUGCCCCACACCCACCACAUGGGGAGAUGCUUGACAGACUUCACAUUAUAAAAACUCAACUACUGUGCAGCUCAGUGGAAGUUAUUUGUGGGCACAUGGAAGAAUGAUGCAUGCAGCUGGUGGUUUCUUCAAAGUUUUCAAAGGAACUAGUUGCUUGGCUUUAGAGGAAAAUCAAUCAAGUUUAUUUUAAAACAACAACAACAACCUGAAAAGUAUCUCUUCAGCAUGGGAUGGAAAUUCAAGAAAACCUGUUGGCAUUUACCUCCCUUUUCAUUGUUUCAGAUUUCAGGUUUGGUUACACUGUUAGUCGUGUGUGUUGCACAACAUUACAAAUGGGUUUUGUGUAGUUGUUGAGCUAAAUAAUCUCUCAGCAUUUUGCCUGAGGGGUCAUUGUCACCAAAUUUUAUAACACUGUAAAGCUAUGAUCAUUAGCCUUCCAUGUAUAAGAUGUUGCACACAGAAUAUGCUUCUUGAUCUUGCACAAUCAUUGCUGCAUGUUCCUAUAGGCGAAAGUUUCGGAGGCUUCCUGUUCAAGGGGCUAGAACUUCCUCUUUCUUUUUCAAAGUUCUUCUUCAGCAGAAUUCAGAAAUGUUGCUGGUACAUCUAUCUCCUUCCCCUUUUGCUCAUGUUGUGCCCAUGCUUGAAUCCCUUCAUUGAUUUCCACUUGCCUUUGGUUUUCCCCAACCGUACUCUGUCUUGUAUGUACUGUUAUCUGUUUCUCUCCACUCCUUAUAUUACAGUGAAGUCUCAUGUCAGGUUUCUAUUUUUUGUAUCCUGUUUUUAGUUAGGGCUCUUCAUGUUUUAAUUUGAAAUUGCACAAAGUUACUAAAUGUUCAUAGGCUGCAAUCUUACAUGCAUUUAGCUGGGAGUAAGCUGACAUGUAAGUAAACAUGAAUAGGGUCUGGCUGUAUAUGUGAGUUCUUCAUUGCUGAGGAUGCAACUGAGAUAAAAUACCCAGUUUAGGGGGAUAUUUGUCACUUCUCUUGUGACCUGACUCUACCUCUUCUCCUGACAUUGCAGCAUCCAUCAUGCUGCUAUGCUGCACAAAGUGCUACUCCAUGGGCUAGCAUGGAAGUAGUGAGAAGUGUGGAUUACUGCUGACCCGUGAAUGUGCAGCGCUGGCUCUAUCAUUGAGCACAGUGAAGCAGCCAACUCUGAGACUGGCAGCAUGGUGUUGGAGGGCAGAGCCCUGCACACUAAGCUAGUCUGCUGCUCUCAGGUGUAACUCUAUCACCAACAUUGAAGCAAAAUUCAAAUGCCAGUCCAGCCAGCUUCUGUACAUGGAAUAGGGAGUGCCAUCUUGUCCUUUGCUUUAGGCAGAAGCUUGAACCAGCUCUGGGAUUAUGAUUUAGAACACACAUAGGCCUAAUUAAGUCUUAAUGGUCUUCACUUAUGAAUAAACCACAGUGAACAUUGUGCUUGCUUCCUCUUUUGCACCCAUGAGGAGAUCAGUUUUAUACUAAGCACAGUUCUCUGUUUUGUCCUGACUAAAGUUUUACAUUUGUUAGAACAAACCAGGAUCUGCAAUCAUGAUUUAAUUCUGGCUUAUUUUCACUAAACAAACAAUCCACAGUUCCAUGAAUUCAGACAUAAUGAGGAACUGUGGUUUGUUAAAAAACUGCAAGCAAAAGUUUUUCUCCAACUCAGAGGCACACCAAGGAAGGGAGAGGAGGGUAAAGGUGCAAACUGGAUACACAUUCACAUAGUGCGAAACCAUAGCUUCUAUUACAUCUGAUAUUUACCCCUGUAUCAGGGACUGGCUGGAUGCAGAGGAUUGGUGGGAGGUUGCAAGAAUGGGUGAUGCAAAUCAUGUAUAUGGUAGCGCACAUAAAUUCAUUGCAUUGUACUGUAGUAAGUGAACCUUCUGUUCCCAUUGGGUUCACUGAGGGUUACUCUGAAGUACGCUUGCUGAGAAUUUUUAAAAAGCUCAUAUGUUGUACAGGGAAGGACAAGUCUUUACUAACUGGUGAUGUGAGAACUGCUAUUUCAAAGCUUAGCUACCUGCCUCCCCCCUUAACUGCUUAGAGGUUUUAUUACAAUCCAGCAAUAUAUGCUCAACACUAAAUACAUGCAGCAGAAAUUUAACAAGAUAAUUUGUUACAUUUCACAUCUGUACUGCAAUCACAAAAUCUACCCCUUUGCAUUUCAUGCCCUUUUUCUUGCAACUUCCUUCGUUCCUAUACUCGCACAUCUUCCAACUGAUUAUAGUAGUUCAUAUGCCUGAGGAGGUAGACACAAAAACUUAGGCCAUAAUGGAUCUGUUAAUCCUGAAAAUUUGAGAGAAGACCUGUGUAUUUUGGCAAUAUACCCUGCAGCCUUUGUAGAUAUUCCCUCUGAAACAGUUGAAAACUCUCAGCCUCUGAUUACUCAUGUAUUGACAUGACUUUGACUUUUGAAACUGAAGUGAGAGGCUGCCAUAAAAAUUAUGAUUGUAAAAAAUCGUUAUGGAUGCAAAAUGGCUUAAUUGGGUGUGUUAAAUCUUGAUGGAGUUGAUCAGCUUGGAACUCAGAUGCAGAUCCUGCAUUUAAUUUUGUUUGCUUGCCAUUUUUCUUUACUUUGUUGUUGUUCAAGGAUGCAUUGGAGAGGUCCCUGCUACCCUAUUGUGUAAAAUUGUUUAGCCAAGAAUCAUAGCAUGUGUCCAAUAGGAGUUAUACUUCCAAACAUCAAAAAAUAAGUAGCCAGUAACUCUUUACACACUUUGGUGAGUGAAACAGCUGAGACACUUGUGAAUUUUUAUUUCCUGGAAAGUGGAAUUGGCUGAGAGCAGGUUUUCUUCCUUCCUGGCAUAACUGCCAAACUAGUAUUAAUAACUAAAUGGGACAAGACCCUAUUUUCAAAAAAAUGGAAGCAAAGUGCUUUCUUCCCUGGAGUAAAAACAGUUACAGGAAGUUGAGGAUGCACCCCAAUGCCUUCCUGUGUAGGUGUCUGUCAUUGCUGGAAAAUUUUGGGUUCCAUAUUUCCAGACACAGACCCUUGAAGUGCAACUAAAGCACAUCACCCUACUCAUGUUAUGAACAACCACUGAGUCACAGAAACAUGAGUAGGUUGUUGCAUCAUUUCCUUGGUUCUGUGUCUUGCGCAAAUUAGAAACUGUGCACCUCUUGUCUUCCUUUUUCUCCCCCCUCCCCUCCGCCUCUCUCUCUAUAGCGUUUGUCACGUACCAAUUUAUUUUUCAACAAGAACUUGAUUACAUGUUAUAUUGCUAUGUGAAUUAAACAGAUGUUAACAUCUGCAUUGUUGCUGAUGGAGGAAGAAGAGAGGAGCAGGCACACCACACUCCCAAUAACAGUGUUUAACCUGUGGCCUUCAAGAUAUUGUUAGACUAUAACUCCUAUCAGUCCCAGUUUGCAUGGCCGAUGGUCAAGAAUGAUGGAAUGAUGUAAGUUGUAAUCCAACAACAUUUGGAGGGCCAAAGUGUCCCAGCUCCUGGCAUACUUUCUUUGAGGAAUGUUUCCACCUUCAUUUAUAGCAAGAAGCUGUAGAAUGGCUUUCUUUUCUCCCCAUCCAUCCCCCACCACUCAAUAAGCAUUUAUAUUGUUGUUGAGCAAAUGAGAUUUUUUUCCUCAGCAAGUGAGCCAUUGCAACUUGGAGUGCUGUCAAAAUUAUUAUAAUUAUUAAAAUGCAUAUACUGCCAUUCAUCCAAGGAUCACAGGACAGUUUGCAAUAUUCUAUGUAGCUCAGCAAAUGCCAUGGACAUCUUAUUUCCUAAAUGCAUAUGCCAUUUAGGACUGUAACACCAAGAUCCUGCCUACAAGGAGGGGUGUAAGGGCUGAAGUAAAUUAAGAUGAAUACAGAAUUUGCUGUGAAACUAAUUUGCUAUUCCUUGGAAUGUGACUGCUUUCCCUAUCAUAUAUGGGAGCACAAGUCAUCCAGCUUUUUUAAAAAAAGAGUGGAGGUCAGCAAGAUGACUCCUGGCAUCUUUUGUAUUUAUUGAUUAUAUAAUGAAAACUUGUCUUUGAAUUAAGAGUUGCAGGACUAUCUCCAAAAGGAUGGAGUAGCAGCAUGACUUCAUUGUCUGGAUAAGCUCUGUCUCUCAACCCCAUGACUAGUAUAAGCCCCCUUUCAUGCAUGAUGUGUAGAUAUAUUCAGUGGAAAGCCUACAUAUGUAGAGGUCUGUAGGGCUAGCCAUAUUACAUUUUACAUUCCUACUAUUUUGAUACCCUCACUCCAACUUCUGUCUGACAUACACUAGAGCAGAUUGGCCAAGAGCUGAGCCAGUUAUAUUUCAGACAGUGAAUUAAGGACAAUGGCUAUCAUGACCUUUCAAGAUACAUACCAUUGAUUGUCCCAGUUGGAUAAGGGGUGGGGGUGGGAAGAAGCAGCUGCAGGAAGCCUAGAUAAACCUAAAUGUGAACAACAAGUUUGUGGCUUCUUACAAAGAACAGGAUGCUAUCUUUGCCAGAGCGGUCUCUUACCCCACCCUUGAUUUGCUUCUGGGUACUUUAAAAAAGACAUAAGAAAGAAAAGGAAGAAGAAGAAGCACAACAUCUAUAUCCAAGUAAAUGUGUAAGUAUCUUGUACACUCUAGGUGGAAUUGAAGCAACAUUAACUCCUCCUGAAACUUGGAAAUAACUACUGAGAUAUCUUCAGCUCUAGGACAAUGCCUGAGAGAACUACUAUUUCUGCCAUUUGCACUAUGCAAUCCAUUAUUUACUUAAUUCAUUUACCUGAAACCUGCUUUAAUCUGGUCCCAAGUUGUUCAGUAAUAAUGCCUUGGUAUUAGUUAGGUAUUAGUAACAACACACUGAAGAUAGUCCAGUACCGAAUAGGCAGACAGAGCAGUUUCCCCAAUAUAAUGUGAUAUGUGCAUAUCCAAGUACUGCAUUUAACAACUUCACUGCAGUAUCCUGCAGCAGCAGCAGCUUCCAGACCAGUCUGAAGGGAAGCCCCCAAGAGAGCACAUUACAGUUGUGCAGUUGUGAGGAUACCAAUGCAUGGAUCAUGGUGGCCAAGCUAGCCCUGUUCAGGAAAGGACAUACUUGGUACACCAGUCUAAGUUGAUGAUAGGUGCUCCUUGCCAAAGAGGUUGCUUGGUCCUACAAUGACAAAGAUGGAUUCAAGAGGACCUGAAAGCUAUGUAGCCAUUUUUUAAGAGGGAAUGCAGUUUGUAGCAAGCUCACAAACUCCUGGACUUAGCUAUUUUGUCAAAACUUCCAGAGAGACUUUGACACAUAGUUCCAAUUUUCCUUACUGCCCCCCCCCCCCCCGGAAAUGUAUCAGUGGCAGACUUGGGCUUUCAAAUUUCAGUGGCAUCCUGUGCAACGCCAAAAUUUGGUGCGCACACACACCGCCUCUCAACAUACGUUCUAUAAGUCACUGUUGCGACGCCCUCUCAGCUCUGCCCCCAGUGUGGGCAAACUGGUCGUGCUCCCCUAAAUCCACCUCUGAAUAUAUGCAGCAGCGUUACAUAUUUUCUCCAAUUGAGAUGUACAGCUAAGGUCAAUCAUGUAAUAGUAGUAGUAACAUGAAAUGUUUAGGGAGUAGCCAAGCUUCCAUUUUACAGACAUCUUAAGAAUGCCUAUCCAGACCUCCUCCAAUAUGGACAGCUGCUUACUUGGACAGAAGUCCCAACAGCUGCUCUCCUUUUUCUGGCCCACACAUCAUUGAGUCGAUCCAGUUUCAGGCUUUAUGAUGCAACAGUGCUUGCAGCUGCACUUGUUUCAAAAGAAGGGUGUUACAUUUUCAGUGGUUCCUGAAAAUACAAAAUUGGCUAAAAGAAAGAAGUUUGAGACAGCCGUUUCCUGCACUGUUGAGGUGGGGAGGGGUAAUAUUUAUUUAUUUUUGUACUAAGCAGAUGUAAAAGCUACAGAAACUGAGUUCAGGGAGAAAAGAGAGCAAUUAGUAGAAAUUUGCUGCUUCCAGCAAAAUGCGUCCUCCUGGUCAUAUUUUUCAAGGGCACGUUUGCCUUUCUUAGCUGCCUGCAUCUAAUACAGAUCUUAGUAAGAGCAGAUCAUGUUAGUUCUUUGAAUGGCUUAUCAGCACAUGCAGCUAAACCUGCCAUAUGAAGCCCAACCACAAAGCAGCAACAAUUUGUGUGAAGCCUGAAGUUCUGAGUGCAGAAAUAUAUCCUGCAGGCACAACCCAGUGCUAAAAGCAAGACUGUUCAAUACUGCACUCCACCAUGGGGUUAGUGGUAUGCUACUAACUAGAGGAUGUGAUUGCAUUAAGGUACAGUAUCACAGUGGCACAGUCCUUGUGCAUAUGCAGUCUUGGUGUUUAUAUUAAUGUAAAGAAAUUGCAAAGCUCACUUGUCACUGUAAGGCUUGGUUCUAAUAGUACACUGAAACACUUUCUAGGUUCUCAAGCUUGAUCCAUUCUAGAAGUCCAUUCCAAAACCAAAGCGUUCCAAAACCAAGGUGUGCUUUCCCAUAGAAAGUAAUGCAAAACGGGUUAAUCUGUUCCAGGCUUUUAAAAACAACCCCUAAAACAGCAAUUUAACAUGAAUUUUACUAUCCAACGAGACCAUUGAUCUAUAAAAUGAAAGCAAUAAUCAAUGUACUGUACUAUAAAAUAAAUAAGACAGUAUUGUAGUACUGUGCUUUCAUGAGCUUUUCAUGUGUAUCUGAAGAAGUGUGCAUGCACAUGAAAGCUCAUACCAAUAACAAACUUAGUUGGUCUCUAAGGUGCUACUGGAAGGAAUUUACAUAUUAUGGCAUUUGACUAGCCUGUUUGUGUCUUUGUAAGAACGAUAACAGCAUUUCAAAAAGUUUCUGUAGCAAUCAUAUCGAGACUUGUAGCUGGUUACAUGUUACCUUUUCUGAAGAACCACAGACGGAAACCCCCCUUUCCUUUUUCUUGCCUUCCGUGGUUUUUUUUUGUUACUAGAACCCAUGACAGCACAGGAAGUAGGUUUAUUUUACACAGAGCCAGACCUUAAAUAGCAUUCUUUGCAAAUCCCCCCCCCAAAUAUUGAAGUUCAAAGAAAUUAAGAAAAUGGCAGUUAGAACUCAAACUACAUCCUUGAAAUAGUGUAUCCUCUUUCCAGACAGAACAGAGUAAAACCUCCUGACAAAUAACAGAUUUGUGUUAGUUAAGUUCUAGCCCCACUUACCUGAGACUAAGGGCUCAUCCUCACUUGCCUUUUGCCUCACUCUUUCCAAGCAGAAGUCCAUGCUUUAACACUCCAAGCAUUUAUUUAUUUAUUUAUUUAUUUAGCCCUGAGCUUCCCUCAGGAAAAUCACUCUGUACAGCUAAACCAGAGCAAAUGUCAAUUCUGGUUUUCUGCAGAUGGAUGUUUAUAAGCCCUAAGCCUUAUUGAAUUCCACACGACUUCCAUUUGAGUAGAUAUCAUUAGCUUGCACUGUAAGACUGACUGUCCUACUAAUUAUAAUGAAACAAACUUGUUCAGUUUUCCCAUAAGUUACACCUUGGUAUCCAAAUGCAGUUUAGACAAACCUUUGCACUUUUAAUGCAAGUUAUGUGUCAAAGCCUCAACAUUAAUCUGUAUUUAAAUUAUAUUAAAUUAACAUAAUUCAAUUUAGGGCUAUUAACCACAUAAAACUGAGAGCAGCACUGUUAAAUGUCCAAGCAGCUUUUUCUUUCUUCUCAUUCAGCUUCAUUUUAUCUAAACUCUCAGGGGCAUGAAGAUGAGAACAUCUCGUGCUUUAAUUAGCCGAAGUUUCGCUCAAUGAGAAUACUAUGCAUUAGGUCUGAUUUGGGCUGUAUGGAGCACACCAAAGCUUUAGGGAGCAAUUCAGUGCUACCACUAAUCCUCUAUUUCUGGCAGUCCUCCUGACCACAUCAGAGUGGGGCCAGAUAAGGCCCUGUCUUUUAUGUGGACUCGGAUAACCAAAGUUUGAUUAUAAAGGCUCUAUUUUGUGCCUUAGUUAAGCUUUUGAAAAAUGUAAGUUCCUGAAUAUGGAACUUACAUAUGGAAUAUGCUGGCAUUUUCAGGGUCUUGUGCCAUUAAAGUGAAGGUAUGCAAGGAGGCAUCUCUCUCUACCUCCUUCAGCAGCCUUAAAACAGAACCUCACUUUUUCUACUUGGGUACACAGAUCCAUGUAUGAAACACACACAUACGUGAUCCAGCAAGUUUGAAGACCAGCUGUGCAGAAUUGGGUGUGCUUCUUGCUACCACCCGCAACCACAAAAUCCUCUGGAGCAGUGUUGGGAAAGAACUGGGAUGAUGCUACUGAGUUUUAUUGUUUGUUUAUAAAGUUUAUUGUUUGUUUAUAAAGUUUAAUAUCCCACUCUUGAGAACUGAAAAGCCUUGCAGUUAAGGAUUAAAAAUGAGGAACCAGUGGAAGCAGAUAAUAGGAUGCAACCCAAAAAGAAACACAGACUGAAAAUGAGGUAUAAUUUCCAUGUACAGGUUCACAUGUGAACUAAAACUGUACAGUGGUGCCUCGCAAGACGAAAAGAAUCCGUUCUGUGAGUCUCUUCGUCUAGCGGUUUUUUCGUCUUGCGAAGCAAGCCCAUUGACGGAUUAGCGGAUUAGCGCUAUUAGCGGCUUUUAGCAGCUUUUAGCGGCUUAUCAGCUUAUCGGAUAAGCAGAUAAGCGGCUUAACGGCUUAGAAAAAGGGGGGGGAAGGGGAAAAAAACCACAGGAACUCGCAAGACAUUUUCGUCUUGCGAAGCAAGCCCAUAGGAGCUUCGUUUUGCGAAGCACCUCCAAAACGGAAAACUCUUUCGUCUAGCGAGUUUUCCGUCUUGCGAGGCAUUCGUCUUGCGGGGCACCACUGUAUCACCCAUGCAACGCAACUGGUGUUACAACUCCAGAUUCUUUGCACUGUAAGACAGUGUGCUUGUUGUGCAGAAUCAAAAGCAGAUUACAGUACAUUGGGGUGGGGAAGAUUCCCCCCCCCCCCAGUUAUCCAUGCUGUUUCUUAAACCAUCUGUGUUGACUGAACAUGUCUCUUUAACUAGAAUUAUUUAAUGACUCCUCUAAAAUAGUUAUCUAAAUUGCUGUUUCAUGACACAGUAACCAGUUACUGGUUUGGCAAUAGUUUGUUUAGCUUGGAUAGUGUGUUUAGCUGCUUUUCCUUUUUUAAUUAUAUGGGAUGGAUGUUCUCUUGGAUUUCGUUUGGUUUACAUGUAGGACAACUAGAUGGAAACUCACUAUGAAAUGAUGAACUUGCUGUUUCCAGCUGAAAAUAAAGAUUUUGUAGAUUCAGUGUAUUGUACCUACAAGUGGAGUCAACAGCGGAGCAUGUGAGUCACAUACCUCCUCUCUUUGAGUGGGAGUGUGUCUAGUUUCGGUGUGAGGUCUAGUUUAGUGGGUGGGCAUCCUAUGGUUUUCCAUAUGUUGUUUCAUUUCAUCUCCCACCAGCCUCAGCCAACAUCGCCAAUGAUCAGGGAUGAUGGGAGUUGUUGUCCAGCAACAUCUAGAGGGUCACAGGCUAGCCAGCUUUGCUUUAGAUACUUGUAGUCUAAACUGGGAAGUAAAUACUGCUGGGGUCAAUAAGGCUUGCCCAAGUAAGCGUGCACAGGAUGGUAGCUUUAGGUAAUUUUUUAGGAGGAACAAUGAUCGAAAUUGCGGUCCAUUGUUGUUGUUCUUAAGAAUUUAAUAAGAUUCCAGAGCUUUCAGGAACAGAAACCUCCUGCAGCAGCCUGUGUGUGGGUUUGUUUGGCACAUCAGGUUAACUAACUUUGAAAUAUGUUAGCUUGCAUGAGUAUUGACUGUGUGCCUUUUUAUUUAUAUUUACAUUUUAUAGUAGUAUACUUUGCCUUUCAACCAAUAGCCCUUGAUGUGGCUGUUUAGAGUGUUUUCUCAUUUCUGUUAAAUACUUACACCACUUGAAUUUUAUUUGUUCAUAAAAUACUAAGAGUGUGGCCUGGGGGGGGGGGGCGGACUUAGGUCUAUAAAGUGAGCCAUCUUGCUAACUGUUUUAAAGCCAAAUCAUUUUUGUACUUUGAAUUCUCCAGUUUGGCGUCAUUGCAGUGUUUUGAAAUACAUAUAGUAGAAAAGGGCUGACACGAGGGGAAAGAUUCUUCUUUUAAAAUAACACCCCACAAAAGAGAAGGUUGUCUUGCCACAACAGUGGUUCUGAUUUCCCAGGAUAUUUUUCCAUUUUCUCUAAAAUAUUCAAUCCUUGUUCUCCAUGCCAAGGGGAACACUGAAUGAAAUUGUGUGUGCUUGUGUCUUGGGAGGAGUCCUGUCCUCAGGCAGACAUGCUGUGUUUGGUCAAUUACUCUUCUGUAAUUUUCCAUGCACCGCCUAUAAACAUCAGAGAAUUCUGCAAAACUUCAUUUGUCAUCUGUCUUGAAAAACCAAGCUAUCAUUUUUCAGAAGAACAAAUAUCUAUCUGCUGAUGAUUGAGCUAGUAGAUGUCUGCAAAGCUCUGCAGGGAAAACAAGAUACACCAUUCUUCUGUAUCUCACUUUGAUUUAAGAUCACACUAUUUCAACAGAAGUUAUCAAUACUGGUGUCCAUUUUUUUUUAUACUUCUAUGGUUUUUAAGGCUGUGAAUUCUCUUUUAGGCAACUGAAUUCCAAGCUUCUUGUCUUGAAGCAGUGUCUAUGUUUUUCUUGUGUUUGAGCUUUUGGGGAUUAAUUAUAAAUAAAAUUUUGUAUCUAGGAGCACAGGCAUCAUUUGUACUUCUCAUCCUCAUACACAGGCUGCAUAUAUCACACUAAGUCAAACUAUGGUUUUAUUAACUCAGAAUUUGGUGAAACAAGCCACGCUUAAGCCACAAACCAUCCAACCAAACAAACAAUCCUAGGUCUGUUUUGUUUUUCAUUGACUUGUUUCCUCCCCCCACUUCCCUCUCCUUGCUCUCCUGAAAGCCAUUGAAGUACCCUGCUCUUGCUCACUGGAUCACAGUACCCCCUUCCCAUUGGCCAGCUGCUAGAGAGGAGGUGUGGAAAUUUUCUCUUGAGUGCUUCAUUUGCUGUUGUCAACAGCUAAUUCCCCACCUUCCCCUAUCAAAGAAAUACCUGGAGUUCUUAGCAGUACACAGUUUCUUAACCCGUUUACUUGCUCCACUUUGCUGCUGCAAUGUUUAUUGGCUUUAUUUCCCCAGCUGCACUUUAUAGAAAAUUUAGGGAGAGUUAAAGACCACAAAGCACACCCUUGCUUAAUGCACACACUGGCAUCCUAGUUCACCUAGGUCUGUUCAGGGAGUGAAAGUGUGACAUGAUUAUUGUGUCUGCUGCUACCUGUGUGAAUUGUUUUUGAAACCAUGAACAGAAGGUAUCUGGCACAUAAACGUGACUUGAAACCCUUCCCUACAGGUUAAAGAGACAUGUAAUAAAGCUGCAUUUAGUUGCAAUCUUUCAACAGUGCAGUCUUUCAACAGUGCAAACAUGGACUAAGAAAAUAAUUCAAAAAGGUCCCUUUUAAGUUUUCCUCUGCUAUGCAUGUUGCAGCUGUGAAACAAAAGCCACAUUGGUGGGGAAACUGAUAUUGUUACCAGGCAGAGUUGGCAGUGACAAUGGCUUAGCACUGAGAGCAAUUUUGCUUUACAGCUGCUCUUGCGUAAUGUCUCUGCUUGGUGGACAAUUUCGAUUGUCAAAUCACACUUAAAGCAUAGUUAAGGAAGUCCCCAUGUUUGCACAUAAUGUUAAAUCAUAGUUAAGUUCAGUAAGCCAACAAAUAUCCAUGGCUUAUCUCCACUAAUGAACCAUAGUUAAUAAGCUAUAGUUAAGGCACUGGGCUUGGUCUGCAAAUAAUUCUAAACCAUGGUCCAUGCAAAUCAGGCCACAUGAAUUAGGGUUUUAAGUUGUACUCUGACAAAUACAACACUGGGAUAGCCACAUUUUAAUGGUAGUUCAUUUAAAUAUUUUGAUUUUGUGCAGAUUUUAUAAUAUGCUUUAACACUUUAAAUAGAAUUCUGUACUGAAGAAAUCUGCCCACACCAAAUUGUUCGGCUUUCUGACAGCAGGCUUUUUCUCAGCUGCUGCUUGUUUGUCUUUAACCACUGUUGACACUGAUUUCUGUUUUCUAUUCUGAAGUACUCUCCAGACUUCAUGACAGGGAGAUAAUUCUUGGCUGUUUUAAAUGGGGGGAAAUCAUCCAAAUUUGGAAGGCCAUUCCCCACCCCCACUCCAGUUGCCUCAGAAGUAAAACAUGUCCAUUGUGUAGUUAUGUUAACUUGCAGAAUUAGUAUCUGUUAAGAGGACUGGUAAUCAGUCAUAGCUCUUCUGGUCAAGGAUGCCUGUAACUUAUUAACUAGAAAUGGCUUCUGCAGUUGGGGAAAAAGAAAUAGAAAGUAAGUUCAGUGUUAAACCAACAUGUAAGGAUGGAAUAAUUGUGCUUUCAUCCUAGCUUCUGCUUAUUUGCUCUGACAUCAUGCAAGUAGGUCAAAAGUUCAAGGAUGACAGUGAUUUGGUCUGGGUGUGAUCCAGCAGUCUGUGAUGCCUGGUAACCUUUUGUUGGCAGUAUGGUGUUCAUUUGCACUGUAAGCCGCAGGACAAUGGACAAACAGAGGACCCAAUUUAUAGUUGCCAAUUUACAUGCCAUGAUUUAAGUUUUCUUUUAUCUUUUUUGUUAAUGCAUGUGAGGACAGCAUGCGUAACCUUUCCCUAUUGCAAUGUCUUCAUGAACAUAGGUUCAUAUAGUAAUGAGUUUGUGGAUGCCAGAUCCUCCCCUAAAUUCCUGGGUCUAGUGGUUCUUGGAGUUUAAUCAGUGCUUAGAGUCUUAACAUGGGUUGCCAGGUGUUGAAUUUAGCAGUGUCAAAAUACAGGUCAAACCAGUUUUUUAAUGCUCAGGAAAUCACCUGGGAGAAGAGCCAUAAUGGAGAACAAAAGAAAGGUAAUGGGCAACCAAACAAAGCAGAUAUGCUGUGCUGGACAGCAGAUGGGUGUGAGCCCACACUUCCACUGAGAGAUAGUUAGCAGGAAAAAAGCAGAGUUGUACAGUAUUUGGAUUGCAGUUGGUUGGGAUAUGGGCUAGAGAGAGAGAAGUGUCAGGCUGUUAAAUGCAGCAAGCUGAGCAGAGGGUCAGAGAGACAUCAUUUCUUUCUGCAUCCAAGGCUGCAGCAAUGAGAGAAACAGGACCCUCUUGGAGUGUAAUGCUUUACACCCUUCCAUCAUCAUAGGCACAGGUUGUAUAUGUGUGUAAUUAUCAUAAAGACACCACAGUCUCUGCUGUGCCUCAGUUCCAAAGGAAACAAGAACCCUGGGUAAGCAACUGGACCCCUGGAAUCUCACACCACUCAGAGACUGGAAUGGUGUGCAACAACAUGUUGUCAGAUACUGCUGGCUUGCCACCACAAUGCAAUCUUUUUUAUGUUUUCUGGUAGCAUUUUAUCAGUAACCUAUGAAGAAACAGAUUAGGGAACAAUAUAAUGCCCCAAUGAGGAAUCAAAAAGAAGUAUUUAAUAUAUAGUAAAUGUAUGUAAAGAUAUCCUUUGCUUCUAAAGCUGCCUGUAACAUUGGCACUGAAGCAGUGUGGUUUUAGCUUGUUUUAAACAGCUAUUUAUGUUGAGUGCCAACAUUAAUUGCUCUGAUUCUGCCCCCAGCUUAACAGUGCAAAGUUCAGACUUGUUGAAAGGAAAACCAAUUGCUGCAGAUCCUUUAAGAUCCAGGUAUCCUUUAAGCUUAAUUGUUACCAUCUUCACUUUACAUAUUCUAAAACCUGGUUUGUUUGUUUGUUUGUUUGUUUGUUUGUUUGUUAGAUUUUUUUACCCACUCCUUCACCAUGGUAUACAAUAAUAGAAAAAAAUUACAAUUCUAAAACACAUAAAACCAUUCCAAGUGGAACAGAAACAUUUGCCUUGUUCAUUUUAGUUUAGUUAUGCCUCGUAUCUCAGGUCAUGCUUUAUUCCUUUCCCUGGAGCCUGAGUGAUUCCAGCAUUCAGUGCAAUGGAAACUGCUCUGGUUUUGUGGGCUUCUGGUGAGUCUCACUGAGGUAGUGGUGGGAGAUGAUACAUAUGUUUUGGUUUUUACAUUUUUUAUUUUUAUUGCACUGAAGUUGUUGCUCACCCUUUGAUUAAUAAAUAGUGCUUGUAACAGAGCUGUUGUUAGGACAUACAGUGGUACCUCAGGUUAAGAACUUAAUUCAUUCCGGAGAUCCGUUCUUAACCUGAAACUGCUCUUAACCUGAAGCACCACUUUAGCUAAUGGGGCCUCCUGCUGCUGCCACGCCGCCGGAGCACAAUUUCUGUUCUCAUCCUGAAGCAAAGUUCUUAACCCGAGGUACUAUUUCCGGGUUAGAGGAGUCUGUAACCUGAAGUGUAUGUAACCUGAAGCAUAUGUAACCCAAGGCACCACUGUAUAGAUAUAGAGAUAUAGAUAGACAGAUAUAAUCACAAAGGCUGGUGAUGAAGCAGAGUAUAGCUACUAUGAAAGAUGACUCCCCUCCCUCUCCCAUUUCCUUUUUUUAAAAUGGAGUAUUCCUAAAUCUCUGGCAAAUCAGCUGGUAGAUAAUAAAAUAACAAAAUCUUGGACGACAUCUCCUCCCUCCCUCUCCUGCAGCAAUCAGAAGUAAAACUAUGCCCAGUGUGUGUAGUUCUGUUACAUAAGAAAUAAACAAGAAACCCAGCAGCAUUUACUUGCAUGCUUUAGAUUUCAGACUUUGCCACAAGCUCUGGGCGCUUUGUUAGGUAAGAAACAGAGGUUUGUUCAGAUGCAAGUCUAGGCUGUUGGCACAGUAAAUAACAGACGAACAGCAAUAAAUGAGACAUCGUGCCUUGAAGCCCCAAAAUAUGUGAACACUCAGUAGUACUGUUAUAUAAAUGCUACAAAAAGGAUCUGAAAGAGCAAAGCUGUUCUCUCAAAGUAUGAUUUGGUUUCUCGGUGCUUUUUGCAUUAAAAAGCCAUUAUUGGGGAGGAACAGCAGGGGAGGGCUUUUGUCUUCAUAGCCAGCUGUAGACUUCCCAGAAGAACCAGAUCGCCCAAAGUUGAAUCAAGGAUGUUGGACUACAUACACUCUGAUCCAGCAGGAGUUGUUACAUAUAUUUGUGUUGCUGAGAUGCAGAUUUUAUUAUCCACUUGCUCAUUAAUCAGUUGAUAGGUUUAACAGGUAGCCCAAAUUGAGCUAUAUUUAUUCCAACGUAGGUCCUACAGAUUCCAACCAAAUGUGUUCGCAAAUAAGCAUCGUUAGGAUUGCAACCUUAAAUUUUGUGUUGGAUGUUUUAACUUCACUUUUCUCUGCAGUGGUGUUACUCACUUUGGUUCUUUAAAAAACCUGUGCAGCACAUAGGCCAGCUGGUAAGAGGGGGAGCAUAGCCAAAAUUUUAAUUUGAUUAUAGCCUGACUCACCAGGUAAUCCACUUUAUGCGGUGCAUAAAGUUCUCCAGCUGCACCUGCACAGCUGAGAAAAGUUCACGUUUCAGUGGAGAAAUUGCAACAGCACUUUGAACUUUGAUUCCAUUCCUUUGAAAGAUAACUGCAAGUCAAAACAACUGCUGAAAUGAUUAAACGGUAUCUGCUAGCAACAAUCAGUUCUUCACAAUAGGCAAUAACAGAUGAAAACCUGAAUAAGGCCUUAGUAAAUUUAAACAGCUAUCAAAGAGUGCAAAUAGUAUUAACGUCUGUACUUUGAACACUCCCCGCUUUUCUCCCCCCUUGCUUCUCUCUUGCUUGGGUGGAGCAGCAAAACUGGCAGCAAUUCUUAUAUAUCUCAUAGAUAGCUUAGUCUUCCAGAAACUGCAAUAGUGUAUAGGGUGGGAGUCAACAUGCACCUCCUAAUGCAGGUCCACUUCAUGCGAUGGCCCUGUUUUUUCAUGCAUUUCAGAAACUAGAUGUUCGGGAGUGGUGCCACUUGCAGCAGUAAAAUCUGAAUCCACUCCUCUGAAGGGAGGUAAACGAUUUUCCCAGCUAUUUUUCAGUGUUUGCAACGAAUACCUAGGUGCUAGAGAGCGCCACACACAGUGUAAGGAAUACAUAGUGUUUUCCAAGUGAAAUUUGACUGUCCAUCAGUGGCUGCUAGCCAUGAUGACCAAGUCACAGCUGGGGAGGGUCCUGCUUGCAUAGGCAUCUGGUUGGUCACUGUGAGAACAGAAUGGGGGACUAGAUGAGCCUUUGACCCGAUCCAACAGGGCCCUUCUUACAUUACGUUUGUAUCCUCCAUUUCUAAGGGUCAUGCUGUACGUAACUACUGUUUGGAAGUCAGCAUUUUAUGAAUAUAGAUAUGAUCUGCCAGGACAUUAUGUGAACUUUCCCCAGUUUCCUGCUCUAUUUACCUGGCUCCCAUUAUGCCUUUGGGCUAAUUCACAGUAAAGUUUCCCUAUAAGAAAUAAGCCAAAGCUCUUUUAAAUUGUCUUCAGAUGGAGUUAGCUAAAUUUAUGCUCAAUUAAUUUUAUACUGCAUCGCUCUGCCAAUGAAGCAGAAGAGGGUGUGGGGUUCUAAUCUCAAGAGUCUCAUGCUCUUGCUAUGAAUCUUCUGAAAGGAAGUAAGUUAUACACUAUCUUCCUAAUAUAUCAGCUAGGCUGGGGCAAUGAUUAAAUUAGAAAUAACAUUUUGCUCCUUAUAUGUUUCUCAUGAGUAAGGAGACCCACGUAUUCAGAUGUUUAUGUCCCUGUCAUUUUGGCAACAUUACAAGUAAAGUGUAUGAUAAUGCUUUGCAGGGAGAUGGGUGAUAAGAUUGGAUGUUGACAGAGUUAUAAGUUGGUGAUCCAGUUAGAUCUCCAAACAAAGUAACUAGUCGUCAUACCAUAUAAGACUUCCCAUUGUUCUCAUUUCAAGUGAUGAUGCCAGAUGACUGAUUUAUAGGGUGUGAGGGGUUCAGUUUAGUAAAUGUGAAGUAGACUUCCACACCUAAUGCAUAUGUUUCUCUGCCAAGAAGAUGGUACAAACUUUGCAGGGGACCAUGACAUGGGCCAUGAUGAAGAGAUCAUCAAGAUUUGGGGGAAAUUGAGUUUAGCAAACAGCCACUUGUGGCUGAAGCAGAUAGACAGGAAAUGCUUCUCAAAACAUUGCAUCUUUGCCGCCUGAGGCAAAAUGGGAAAGUAGCUGUAGCCUAACUUACCGGGGAUCACAUGGUGGUGGGUUCCAGCAAGAUCUCUUGAGAUUUCUUGAAAACCCUCACAAGUUCUCGCCAGAAGCCACUUCUCUUCACUUCUCCAGCAGUGACGCCCCUUGGAUUCUGCCUCCUAAGCCAGCUGCCUCAGUCCACCUCAUGGGUGGGCCAGCCCUGGGAUCUGUAGCUCAGCUUCAUCUGGGUGGGCCACAAGUUCCCCACCCCUACUAAUGAGCCUGUUAAAGUAAUCCCUCCUGAUAUGGGAAUUGGUAUAUGCAGCUACUUAUCAUCUCAGAGUAUCUCUGGCUUUUGCAUAUAUAUAUGAUUAAUGACCCACUCUUCCUUCAGUGCAAGUGCACAUGAAUGUUGAUGCUGACUCAUAUCCUGGACUCUUUCACCCCUAAGCCCUUCGAAUUUUGCUUUUCUAUUAAGGUCAGUUAAAUGAAAGUGUAAAAUUCCCCACAGGUUGCAAACCUCUAGGGUGUUGCCUGCCAGCUUGAGACAAUGCAAUUCACCUGUUUGUUUUUCUCUCACCCCCGAAGGUCACUGAGCAUUCCCAGAAAAGUCAAGUAUCAAACAGAAUCUCAAAUAAUGUUACUAGGUGGGAAGUAAGAGGGAAGCAGAGAGUGAUUUAACAGCCAUCCUAAGUCAGUUUCCUAGAGUCCCUGAGAGACUGCUGUGUCAAGUGCCUGAGGCUGCUUAUAAGAGUUGCUUGUUUGGCUGUUUGCUCCUGACCCUGGUCAUGUGCCAGUAGGUUUCAAGCAGCUGGGGAGGCAGAGGCCAAGUGAACAUUCAUAACAUUACCAUUUAUGUCUGAGAUGGGAAAUUGGGAUGGGCAGUAACCAAAGGCCUGAGUGCUCAUGAUUUGGAUACACUCUGAGGAAGUCCUAAUUCCUAGGAAUGUAUUUGUUACGCACACAUUUGCACAUACGCAUCUGGCCUCCUAUUCAGUGCUUGGAAAGGAGUUGACACCUUAAGUGACGGUUAAGAAAAGUGGUGAAGCUUAUCUCCCAAGUUGCAUGUGAUCUGAUCAUUUGCCCCUUUUUUGCAGCUUCUUUUCGCUCCGCACCAAAGUUCUUUGCUUCAGCCUCUUUCCACCCUUUCUCUAGCGUCAAAAUGCUGUGUUUAUAAAAUUUCUGGUUACAAACUUAUCUGGGGAAAACAGAAAGAAGAGGAAAAUCCCCUUCUUGUGUGUGAAGAAGUUUCUGUCUCCAGACUGCUGGUUUGUGUUGCUGUUUUUAUGCAGACCCAUGUGAUUAUGUUUUAUCCAACCUCUGGGUCCCCUUUCUUGUUUGUUGCCUUGAUCUGUCAUCCUUCUCUCCAAAGGGCUAGUGAUGAAAUCAAAGGCAGGACUGCAGGGAGAGUGGCUGGAGGGCUUAUUGUCUCCUACUAUUUUGCUCUGUUGCUGCUGGCUUCUGUUAAAAUAAAAAACUGCUGAAAGAGGAACAGUGAUAUGAAGUUUCAUCCGAUUAUAAAUUCAAACCCCAUGCUCCUUGGCUGUUUUGUUGUGAUUGGCUAAAUCGUUGGUAUUUUGUGUGUUCCUGUGAUUAGAUAACAGAUCCACAGACAUUCCACUAUCUUGAAAGAAAUUACAUAAGGGGCUUGGAAGCAGGCAUUAAAUGCAUAUUCUCGUUUCUAAAAUUUGAGUGUUUCAUCAAAUAAGGAAAAUAAUAGUACAACAGGGUCACAUAGGACAAAUACAUAUAACAUGGAUAAUGAUAUAUAAAAAGAUACAUAUAAAAAAGCAAACAUUAAAAACAAGUGACAUUUUACUAAAAAUUACUGGUGUUAUUUUCUUUUUUAUCAACAACUAUACUUACUGAAAUCACAUGCAAAAAUUGCAUUCCUGGGUAGGCUUGCUGAAACAAAUUUAUUUUUAGCAGAUGCCAAAAAAUGCAGUAAAAGUUCCUGCCUAAUAUUAAUGGGCAGGGAAUUCCAAGUGUUGGGUGCUUCCAUAUUAAAGGAUAGAUUUCUUGCAACUGCAGAACAAACCUUUUGUGGCACUAGAGAGGCAGUGUGUUCCUGGUUAGUUAGCAUUGACCACAGGACCAGAAAUCAUUGCCAUUUCUCUAACUCAGCUACUUUUGGCAUCAUCACACUGACUGUCUGGUCCCUAAUUGGCUAGGACCACUAAAGUAGAUAUCAGAGCAGAGAAAUGGUACUGAAUUAUUUGCAGUCCAGGAGAAAAAAUAGCUGUGUACAAUGCUAGGGAACCUCCACCCAUAAAAAUAAGCAGGUUUGGGGCAAUAUUUUGAACCCCUCAAAGGCUCAUUUGCCCUGAAAAUAUUUCUAGGCUAACAUUUCAACACAUCCCUAUCUGAAAACUGUAUAGCCUUUAUAUUGCAAGGUGUUCAGUCUAGCUCUUUACUAGAACUUAAUUUUGUCACUGCCUGUGUUGCUAUUCCUGCUUGUGUUGACUUGUAAACAGCCUUGUGCCAAGGUGUAUAAGUAUAAGCAUCAUCUGAUGAAACCUAUUGCAGCAAAACAAGUUUUAUAUGACCAUAAUCUUCUGCUUUAUCUGAACAGAUAAGAAUUGUGACUGCGCUAGCAUACCUUCCGAUAAUAUUGUGCAGUUGUAAAAAAACACCAAGUUGUUUUAUAAGGCUUUAGCUGGACUUGGGAGCUGCCAUUUUGUCAGGGAAUCAGGUGAUUCCUUCGCAGUGUUGAAAUUUUUCAGGCGUGCUUCUAGCCUUUAUGAUAGAAGAGAAGCUGAGGAAUCUGGAAGCAUCUCUUUGAAGCCUCAGGAUCAGCUGAAAAACUGGGCAGUGCUUCUAUUAUGCACAUGUUGGUGCUUCAGCUCUGCUUUCAGCUCUGCCCUUUAGGCUCUUUAUUCUGAAACUUUUAAAGCAACCUUUCACAGCCAAAUUUAAGAAAAUCGGAAACACGACGCUUGCUAGUUAAAUUGUUUGAAUGACCCAAAUAUUAUUUACUUCAGUGUGUUGUGGAAUGUCUUCAGCUCAGAGUUGUUACUUUCUUUUUAUACCAUGCAACAAUAUUCACUUCUUUCCGGCCUCGUGAUUUCUUUAUUUUUAAUCUCAGUUGUGUAAAUUGUGUCUGCUUCAAGGUUGUACAUGUAUCCUAAGGCAUAGUAAGCAACAAUUAACAUAGGUGACGUGAGAUUGUAAUUUUGGAAGAGAUCCCUGUUGGUUCUGUGCUGUUAGAACUAUAAUUUAUUUGUUUAAAACUUAACCCCUGUUUCCUUAAAGGCUUAGGGUGGAUAACAGCAAUUUUAAAGUUUGAGGAACUCGAAUUGCAGGAGCCAUGUGACUAAGCUUUGUGGGUAGGUUACCAUGUGCCUUUAAACGUGAGUUGUGUGUAUGGCUUCUAGCUAUAUGCUGGCAAGCAUAGCAGUUUUGCUUCAUGUUCCUCUAGUCUAGUACCUAAUUACUUAAAGGCUGGAGCAGAUGGGGCUCAUCAUCUAUGAGAAGGAAAACUCUGAUCCUAAACCUCUGUUGCCUUGAGAGAUAUCUUUGGGAGAAGAAAAUGCUAAGAAGCCUACACCAAUCCAGAAUGGAGUCCCUAAGACAGUUGGAUGGCACCUCUCCUCAUUCCAGCAACUCCUGCAGCCAAGCUGAUACCAAACCUAUGGCUCUCGGGGAGUUCAUGUCAGUGCUGCUAACACAGUGGUUUGUCUUCUUCCCUGGAGGCACACUCUUGAGAUCAAUGAAUGGCAACCACCACUGCAACAACAAUAGGAGUUGGCACAAAAUAAGGCCCAUGUACUGAAUUAUGCUGAAGAGAAUCGGAAGAAAUUAUGAAAUAAAAGCAGGUUUCCAAUUAUUUAGGAAAAAUCCUACACACAUGCAUGUAUGCAAUGUAUGCAAAAACAAAACAAAACAAAACAAAAAAAACCCGACCUUAACAGAAACAAGACUUGCAAGUUUCCAUUUUUAAAUAAAAAUUGAAUGCCUUUAGGAUAAAACUCUAGAUACCCUGAUAAUAACUAAGCCCUCUCUAAAAGACAAACAAACAGGACAAUGCCUGCUCUGUGUCAUGCCACUUCACUUCCAGAAGGGUCCUGAAUUUUUAUGGCUUGAUUGUGUAUUUUGAAAUGAACUCCAUAUUGCUUCAGUUCCAUGUUGAGAUUUAUCAUAGCCAAAAGACAUGAGGAAAAAAUGAAAGCUGUGUCAAGCAAGGCCAUAGCUCAUCCUAGGUAAAAGCAUGCCAAUGGGGACAAGAGGGAGGUGCAGCUUUGGCAGAAGAACAGCUGUGAGCGCGAACUUGUGAAAUGUUGACACAGCAAUGAGAAGAGUUGGCCCUGUAGCUUCUCAGGAUAUGAACUGCAUUGAUAUGCUCUUCCUCUCCAUCUGCUGAUUUAUGCCUCCCGCCUCUUUACCCUGAAACACAAGCACUUGAAGAUUGUGUCUGCUAUUUCAUAUAUGAGGAAUGGGAGAAAGCCAAUUUGAAAGAAGUUGUAUUAACCAUCACCUGUUAAUGCUGUCAUAAAUCUAAUUAAUUUUCAGGGGGGGGGGAGGUGCCUCGGUUUAACAGCAAGAUAUCCAAAAUUCUGUGAGCCCAGUAGUUUCGGGUGGCCUGUUGUAAGAUUGAAACUUCCCAGUGUAGUCAUCUGUAUGUGAGAGGAAGAAGAAACUAUUAUGCAUGUGUUGCUUCACUGACUCUUUGAAUUGCAGACAAGGGUAUAGAUUGAAAUACAUAAUUGAACAGAGAUUGUGGUUAAUGAAGUUAUCUGCAUAAGAUUUAGCAUAAUGAGCUGUUUCAGACAUUGUCAUAAACCAUUGUUUUACAUGACAGAAUUGAGCCACAUUGACCCUUAUGCUUGUCCCCUCCCCUCUCUCCCUCUGGCACAGUCAUAUGAAUAUUUCACUUCUGUUUUUUAUUAUGAUUAUUAAGCACAGCUGCUUGUUUUGACCAGCCCAACAAACCAUGCUUAAUCUUAACUCUGGUUUUCUGUGCAACAAGCCAAAUUUAAGCCAUGGUUAAGAAGCUGCCUUGUAUUUUUUAAACAAACCAUACUUAAGGUUAGCCACAAUUUAGGGUUUGGGUGUUCACUAAACUGAGGUCAAUCAAAAAAUGGAAGUGAAAGCUUCCGAUCUCCCCUUUGCAACCCUGUCAGAGGAGAGGAGUAGUGGAUGAGACCACGGUUUAUUAUGUAACAAUAAAUCAUGGUUUAUCAUGACAUCCAGGAUGGCCCAACCAGCAUAAGGCACAGUGGCAUUCAGAUUCUUUGAUUUUACUGUGGGAGUCUGAGGUCAUGAAAUAUCACUUGGCCUUAAGAGAGGAGUGACGGGGAGAGAUAAUGGAAUUGCUACACCUCUUCCUAAAAGGGCUCUGGGCAGUUCAAUCAGUCCACUCAGUUGUGUGGAGCCCAUUCUGUGCAGCAGUGCUGCAUGUUUUUCUGAUAACUUAAAUCAUACCCAUGCAAACCAAUUUUGUUCUGGCAUUUUAGAGACCACAUAGUGAAAAUCGCCAAAGUCAUGCCACAAAUGGCUUGCCUCAUUAGACCAUGCUCCCUGUGGUUGCGUUCCACUAGUUUUCUGAGUGUGGCCUUAACUGAUUGUGGAAAUAGCCUCUUAGCUGGGUCAGCAGUUUCGUCCUGAUCUUAACUUUGUUUAUAUCUUCUCUUUCUUCGUCUUCUUGUGUUAUAAAUACAACGUAUGUGCUCAUUGUGCUAUUGGGUCCUUACCUGCUGGGCAAAAGGCUACUUACAGUUAUCAGGUAUAUGCAUGACAUGGGGCAGGUUUUGACAUAAUUUCAUGCAUGUGAAGUUCAGUAUAUUCUCCAUUUCUGAAGGCUACCGUUGUUUCUGAGGUAUACACUAAAUACAUGCACUCGGUUUUGCUCUUUUUAUCAGUAGGUUGACCGUGAUUUCUCUGGAAUUCAGCAAAAGGAAGGGUGUUUCUUCACUUAUGGGGAGGUGUGAGAGUCCUAGUGAUGUCAGAGACAUUUUGUACUGUGAGACACUAGGUGUUAUGUGAAUAUGCAGAUGCUGAGGUUGGCCAUACAAUCCCCACCUUAAUAUUACCGUAAAUCAUCCCUUUAAAGCCCCAGGCUCCUGACAUCUUUCUCCCUCAUCCCUGAAAGGAAAAUCUGAAGGGAUUGAAAAUUCCUCUUCAAUUCCCUUAAGUAGUUUUGGUUUUAAAGUUUUGUUUUAAGAAAAACAAAAUUAUUGGUUCGUUGGCUCCAAUCAAUGCACAUCUCUUGCUGGGAUCGAUAUAUGCAAUCUACAAUGGACCAAUAAAAAAGGUUGGAAGUGCAGUGUGUCCCAAAGUAAUGCCUACAGAAAGUCAAGGUCACCCUUGUUAAAAACUGCUGUACUUGGAAAAAAACACUGAAAUGCUUAAGUCGCAGGAAUGGGCUCGCUUGCCACAAAAUGCCCAAAAUAAAUAUUUAGUGUUCAAAUUGGGACAGCAAGUCUGAAAGUUUCUUUGCACUCAGUUCCCUUUCUCAGUUAGCCCUGAUAGCAUGAAAUUCAUUUAGGAAAUGAGGCAAAGAAAAAUAAACUGAAAAGCCUGGUUUCAUGGAGGCUUGCCUGAGCACAGCAAGUGUACAAGCCCUCCACUGUGCUUGUACUGUUUUCAUUUGAACAGCUUUGCCAAAAGACUCCAUUCACCAUGCUUACGCUCUGGCCUUGAUAAGACCCAAAACAACAUUGCGUGUUCUUUAAAGCAACAUCAAGAAAUCGUUCUCAAAUUCAGUUUAUCGCUUAGUGCAUUUGAAAACUGGACUAUAGACUAUCCCAAGUGUUUUUAUGACUGCAGAAUCUAAUACAAAAGAUAGCUCUACCGCUUUGAAUAGUUACUCUUUUAAUUCCAAUUACUUCCAAAAUCUACAGCUAUUAAAUACUAUAGGGUUUUGAAAAAUAUUAUAAGCUGGGAGGUACUAGAUUUUCUUGCCAAUCUUAAAAUUAUCACUGAUAAAUUGAUAAAAUUGAACAUGUGUAAAUGGGGUAAAAUAUUUUUUGAAGACUGCAUUUUAUUUUCGUAAUGGAAAAAAUAUUUUUGUAAUGGAAGAAUGACUUGUCUUGUUUAACUCUCUGGGUGCAUUUUGAGUGACCGCUGCCAUUUUUUCUAUAGGUGGUAUCAGAAGCUGCUGGACAAGGGGUUUCUAUUGAUGCCAAUGACACCUUCAACUACUGGAACUGGCCUAAUGCUGUCAUCUUUGCUGCUACUGUGAUUACAACCAUUGGUGAGUAUUUGGCUUGCUCUUGCUUUCUGAAUAUUCUCCUUCUUAAACCUCUGGUGAGCAAAGAAUGCAUAAGUCCCCCAUGACAUUGUUGCGAAGAAGAUGGUAAAAUGUGGGUUGAGUGAGGUAACUGUUAGGUGAAUUUGUAGCUGGUUGACUGACCAAACCCAAAGAGUUCUCACUAAUGGUUCCACAUCAUCCUGGAAAAAAUAGACAAUUUGGGUGACUGAAGGUUCUGUUCUGACCCCAUUGGUGUUCAAUAUCUUUAUAAAUGACUUGGAUGAAGGAAUUGAAGGGAUGCUCAUCAUAUUUGCAGAUGACAGCAAACUGGGAGGGGCAACCAAUGGUGCAGAAGACAGAAUAGGCAUUCAAGAGGACCUUAACCAAUUGGAGAACUGGACCUGAAUUAACAAAAUGAAUUUCAGUAGGGACAAAUGUCAGGUUCUUCCCUUAGGCAGGGAUAACCAGCUGCACAAAUAUAAGAUGGGGAACACGUGGACUGCCAGCAGUACAUGUGAAAAGGAACAAGGGGUCUUAGUAGACCACAAGCUUAAUAUGAGUCAACAGUGUGAUGCAGCAGCAAAAAGAAAAAGCUAUUGCUAUUCUAGGCUGCAUCAGUGGAAGCCACAAUCACAGUCAUAGUCCUGCUCUAUUCUGCCAUGGUUAGAUCACAUCUAGAGUAUUGUGUCGAGUUCUGGGUACCACAAUUUUGAGUCACAAAUGUGAUUCAAAGCGACUAAAAUGAGUUGUCACAAUCAAACCAAUAAAAAGCUUUAUGUAUUAUUUGUGCCUCAUUCCCAAGCUAGAGAGAGAAUGAAAGAAAACAGUGUUAAAGGGUUUAUUUACGCUGCUUUUUGUUUUGCAAAAUUUUUCAUGUUGUUAAAAAAAAUCUUGUAAGAUGUAGGAAAACAUCAGAGCCACAGUCUGUUUGUUUGUCUUGAGAAAGAACAUGCUUAGUGUUAGAAAACAUACUGACCAGAGUAGGUGGGCAAGGGGAGGUAGAAACCUUACUGCAUAACCAAAUAAAGCACUAUGUUCUACUUGUUACCAUUAUUUAAAAUAAUUUGAAGGAAACUUGACAUUCUUUCCUCCUCCCCCUGCCCAGAAAAACUUUGUAUAAACAGUUCAAGAAAGCAGAAACUGGUUUAAACUUGAAUAUUCUUAUUGACUUACAACACAUGGGCUCUGCUCUCCCUAGGUCCUUGUUUAGUGUAUUUUCAGCCACGAGGACUGAAAGCAUAAGAGAGUUGUUUUUGUCUUUCUCUCUUUCAGUGGCAGGUGGCUGAGCAAUUUGGUAUAUGCCAUAUAGUAUUUAAUAAAGCUUGGGUGCCAGUUUUUGUGCCAGUUUUCAUGGCAUAUGUAACCUGUCUGAAUCCUUAAACAAAAUAUCUUCUGAUCCCAUCUUCAUAACCAUGUAGAACAGUACAGAACAGAGGUGUUUGCACAGAGCAACAGCUAAGUGAGGUGGUUCCUCCACCAGUAUUGCAGAUCAAUGAUGAGAUGACAGCCUGGCAAAUACAAUGUCUUGUUCAGUAUUCAGCUGCAUGGUUACUGACUAGCUUCUGAAAUUUCACUGUCUAUCCACUCAUUUUCAAACAUCUUUAUUAAGGGCCGAAAACUUUACUUGUUUUAAACCGGAAAGCAAAGAAUCUUAGGACUCAGAAUUCUGAGGCCAGCUUCUGCGGAUGCAAUGUGUAAUCGCAGAAUCUUUAGCCCAGUUCAUAUCCUAUUACUGUUUGCAGUGAGUGCCCAUGUGUGUCUGAUAUGUAUAUGCAGGCUAUGAUAAUACCGACUCGUGGCUUACUAAAUGAUCAUAUGUCACUCAGUAGAGGCAAGUAAAAAUCUUGCAGGACGUCAGACCCAAAACUGUCAUGUGUGAGCAAGCUCAAAAACUUUCACAGAGAAGAAAUUAUUAUUUUUUGGUGCUUGAAAAUGGCAUAGGUAACUUUUAAUACAAUGUUUUUUUUCAGGAUAUGGAAAUGUUGCUCCGAAGACUGCAGCUGGACGACUUUUCUGUAUAUUUUAUGGACUCUUUGGUGUUCCUCUCUGCUUAACAUGGAUCAGUGCUUUGGGGAAGUUUUUUGGAGGACGUGCCAAGAGGCUGGGCCAGUUCCUGACAAAGAGAGGAGUAAGCCUGGUACGAAAUGAAUUUCUGAUUAUCUUAUUGCUGGCACAGGAUGCAUGGAACUCUGAAGACCUUUAAAAUCAAUCUAUGAAACAGAUGAUGCAGAAAACAUUUCUUUUAUUUAGAAGUAACUCAGAUGCAAUUGAUCACCUUUCUUCACUGAUAACAAUAUUGAUGCACGCCUGAACUGCUUGCAGUAUAAAUUAGUACUGGACAGAAUUAAAACCAAGACAGAUAAGCAGCUUGAAAUUUUAGUACAAAUUCCUAUGCAUGAGCUACACAAAAAAUAAAAAGGCUAUGUAUAGGGAAAUUACCCAUAAUUCACAUAUCAGCAUAUCAGAAACAAUUUUAGAUGAUUGGGAAUGUGAAUUUCCCCCCUUGGUAGCUAUUCCCAGCCUUCCAUUCUGCCCCAACUUCCCCUCUUUCCUCUGUUCCUUACUUUCUAUAGUCUUAAGACUGUCCAUACAUUGCAGCUAGAAUACAUUGCUCAGAUAUGCAGCUAGAAUGCAUUGCCCAGAUUUUUCAUGUAAAUUCUAAAUAAGGACCAAUAAGAAAGAGUGCAGAACCAGAACUGUCACUGGCUUCCUGCUGUUGCUUAGCAAAGAAUCCGAAGGGGUGGCAUAUGCUUCAGAAUGUAAAAGGUUGGAACCCUGUCCAGAUCUGUUAAAAUAAUAUUUCCUUGCCCUUUGUACCAUCAUCAUGUCUCACAAUAUUUCUGUACUCUUCUGUUUCCCUCUAAAUUCCCUGUUUUGAGGGGCUCAAGCUUAUCUUAGUUGAAGAAAUACAUUAUGUUCUUGUAGGAUUGAGCAAUCCCGUCUUUCUGUUAGAUGGGGUUUCUUUUGGUUUGUUUGUUUCCCUCUUUCUUGGGUGCUGGGUGAAUCUUCAUUGGCUAGAAAGAACUUGCUAAUGGUUUAAACUUCAUCACAUUGUGUCAUAUAGUUUUAUUACAACACAGGUUUUGCACUGUGUAUUUGCCAUGCCUUUUUUUUGCUCUGCUGAGGUAUUUAUGUAAAAGAACCUCCAUCUCAAAAAAUCUGCAAGUUAGAAACUUGAGAGAGAAUGGUAGUUACUAAGAGGUUUCUCUGAUUUAACUGUUAAACUGUGGGGCAGGUUCCACACAAACGCUUCACAAAGCGAAAAUGCUAUGGGAAAAUCCAUGGUGUGAUGGUUUUAUGCCAAGAUGCUUCUUGUUUUACCAGCAAGAAAACAGAAGAAGAAGAAAACAUGUCCGGAAAUAACCAAAAAUUCAAAUGAACCUGCAUUUUACUCAUUUACUUCCUAUAUUUACUUCCUUCAGUUUGGCUGCAGUUGCUACAUUCUUGCCACAGGAUAGACGGUUGUUGUGGUUUUGUUUCAUUAAUGCAAAAUGCAGAAGAAGAGAACAAAAUGAUUUAUCUUUCUCUCCCCCCUCCCCCUUUUCAUUCAUUGCAGAGAAAAGCACAAAUUACAUGCACUGCUAUUUUCAUCCUUUGGGGAGUCCUGAUCCACCUGGUUCUUCCUCCCUUUGUCUUUAUGGUGACUGAAGGCUGGGAUUAUAUUGAAGGACUCUACUUCUCGUUCAUCACUAUUACCACCAUAGGAUUUGGAGACUACGUUGCUGGUCAGUAACAAUUCAUGACACCCUGGCAGCUAAUUAACAUUAAUACUUUGCAAGUUUGUUGUUGUUUUUUUAUAAGAUAUUUAUUAAGGUUUUCAAAAUAUUACAAAAUAAAAAGAAAAAAAAGAAAAAUAUAAAAUAAAAAUAGUUAAAAACAAGUCAAUCUUUCCAUUACUUAUUUUUCAUUAGCUUGUUUCCCGGACCUCCUCACGCCUCCCUUUUUUGUAUUCCAGUUCAGUUUGUUGGUUCAGCAAAUCCUUCCCCUCUUUGAUUAUCCUAAUCUUUAAUCUUAAAGUAUUGUAACAUUAAAUUUUUACCUGUUAGUAAUCCAUUUUUCAUAUUCCCUUAUAAUAUUUCAGCUAAAAACCAUUUAAUUUCUAUCCAACAUCAUUCUAACAUUCAUUUUCCAUAUUUCAUAAUAUUCUGUCAUUACAUUACCUUAAACUAUUUUAAUCUUAUCUUACUAUAAAAAACCUUGAAACUUAAAACUUAAAUCUUAUUUUUACCAACUUCUCAUAACCAUAAUAUUCUUGCAUAAUUCUUUAAACAUUUUUACUAAAGCCAAGUAAUUUCAUUCCAACAUUUUUCUAACAUUCAUCAGUAAAGCAGUCCUAGUAGUGAAAAAGAGAAAUAAAAACAAAUCCAAUCUUCAUCCAGCGUCCCUUCCUCCUGGUCCCGGGUUUUGUCAGUCCUUAUUAUCCCAUCAAUCUGGCGCAUUAACCUGGAAAUCUUAUAUCCGAGGCCCUUAAGUCCCUUCCAUGUCCCUUCCACAGCUCUUCUUCAUAUUUAUAGCUGUAUUUUCCUUUGUCUCCUGCUCCUUUCACUCGUGGGAACUCCAACUUAGCAGUAUUUUUGACCCUUCUCGACAGAUCAGCCCCUUUUCCAUAAUCAACGCUAAAUUCCAUGUGGUAUUUAAAAACAUGUUUCAGAAUCCCUCCAAAAUUAAGAGCCCCCACAAUCCCAAACAUCUCACGGCCCAUUGCCAGACUUGAAAAGUCCAAUUUCAUAGGAGGGUCUAUACAACCCCCCAUUUCCAAACCAAACCAAACUUUUUCUUUCCAAAUCUGGCUUUUUCCAAGUUCAUUUGUCAAAUCCGAAAGCUCAUAUUCCUUUAGGGCCUGUUCUGUCAAGACACACUCCUGAUUUAAUUCCUGGGUGGGCUCCACAUAUUUUCCCACUGCCUGUUCAAAAUUUCCCACUGCCUGUUCAAAAUUUCUAAUCGAGUCAGCCAUCAAAUUCGUCUUCUCAUGUAACUGUUCCAGUAGGGCAUUUGUUUUAUAGAAAGCACACAACAGAGCUUCUGAAUACAUUGUCCUGAAGGUCAGAUGUCUAUUCCCACGAUUGUAAUCUGUAACAGAUGCCGGCUCCCAGGAGUUGGUUACAGUUUCACAGUCUCCCUCUAGGGGGAAAACUUCUGUUUAAUCUUUCUUUUAAAGACAAGUCUAGCAACAGAGUUUCCUUUUUCAGUUAUUUUGUCAAUAUUUGUUCCUUUAAGGUGCGAAAGGAAACAAUGGAAUCACUAUGUUCCUCUUCUUUUAGCUAUCUGUCAAAAGCGCUUAUUUCUGGUCGAUGAGCUUCAAACGUCAGUCCUGACACCCCGCUCCAGGAUCAGGACGGUGGAAAGUUACUUUACUUUAAACUCACUUCUGCAGGUUUAAACAGUCCAGAAAAGAUCCCCCCUUCUUCUCCUGCUGCCGAAGGGGGGUUCAACAAUUUUAAAUGAUGAAAGCCAAUCCUUUAGAGGCGAUUUUCUGAGCUCUAGUUUACGUUGUCUUUGCUUUAUUCUGUCUACAAAGAAACGGAAGGCUGACUUCCUGUUUAGACCUUCCCGUUUCAGUACCAAAUUGAAAUAAAAUUUUUAAGUCCAAUUCCUUUCUACUCGCAAGUCCUUAUUUAAAGUCCAAUUGUUCAAAGUUUGAGUACUCACAGGUGCUUAUUUUAGAAGCCAAUUUGUCCCAGGAAAAAGGCAGCACUCUCCGGCAACAGCUGUGCGGCUUCGCUCCAUGGAAAUAGCAGUUGACUCACAGCACCGCGCCACUUCCCCCUCUUCGCUUCGGAGCCUGUUAGUGGGUUCCUUUGCGGGUUGGGGAGGGCGCUAAGGGUGCCCACCAAGUCCCAUGGUCACAGGCUUCAUCCGCCUGUGAUUUUUAAAAGGUUCCCUGCUUCGCCGUAGCGGAGAAGACCCGUUUCGCGCGGAGCUAGUCCCUCCAAUUCAGAGGGAGUCCGCCAUUGCCGAUGGCACCACCCCGGAAGUCCAAUACUUUGCAAGUUUGCAGCACUUCUUAACACAACCGCCAACCGCAAAGUCAAUGGCGAUUUACAAGAGUGAUUUCCUAUAUAAGUGACUCAUCUCCACUUUUUAUUGGCAUUGGAAUUGUCAGUUCUGCAAAGAAGAAAAAUCACGCGGGCUGUCACGUGGGUGGUUGUUGCUGCAUGCACAACUGACAUAAACAAUCAGAUUACAUGUAAGCAUUGGAAGGGCAAAUUAUUAAACUGAGAACAGCAGUUGCAGUUUUUCUUUCUUUUUUUAUCCCACAAGCAAGCGUAUCUCAUUGUGUGGUGACACAUUGAGGGCCGCCUUUGUCAAGGUACUCUGAAUGCGGGAUCUUUUUCCCCUUGAGGCACUGGCAGCUCUUACAUUACUGGGAUACCACCCCAUGUAAAGAAGUAUAGGUUCAGCCAUGUCUUCGGCAUUAUGUUACUGUGUGAGGCUCAGUAUUACUUGAAGCAUUGCUGCUGUGUAUGGUUAUGGUGCCAUAUUUGGUUCUGUUGUAAUGCCUGCUUUAAUGGAUUGCUCUUGUAAACAUUUUAUUGGUUGUGUUUUGGGAUUUGACUGACAUUUUGCAAACCACCUGCUUUGUGAACUGAACAAAUAAAAUAAAUAAUACUGGUGUGAGGAAGAAUUUCACCCUGAUUGGGGAGAGUAAAACACUAGCCACAACACUAACUCUUUGGUAAUGCUACCACAACCCUUCCACUAAGCUAGUGAGAUGCAGGGACUCACCAUUUCCUUCAGUGGUUUAAUUUGGAAAAUAAGGAAACAGCCAGCAGACCCACUUCAGUCAAGCUGGGUGUAAAAGUCCAUCCAUCCCCUCUUUCUUCUCAAUAUACCCACUCAGUAGCUUGAGGGCAAGUAUUUAGACAUAAAGGGCAGGUACAAAUGAACGGUCACAAAUGCAUGCCAAAUCCCAAAAGCCAUUUUAUAGAUACUUUUAUUAAGAAUAAUAAUUUAGAGACUCUGCCAAGAAGGUUUCUGAAUGACAGUUUGCUCCAGAUAGCCAACCAGCAGGUCUGAAAGAAAGGCACCAUUAAUGCCUAUUAGGGCUAGAAACUGGGCAGUCAAUGUGUUACAUGAUGAGGAGAUUGCCUAGGUACUCAUUGAUAGACAAGAUCCUGUACAAAGAAGGCUCCAGUUGUAGAUUCAAAGGAGGCAGGAAAUAAGGACCUGAAAAAACAAAAGCCAAAGGGACGUUUUGUUUUAAACAGACAUGUUUAGGCAGGUCUUCAUGAUAAUUUAUCUUUGUUCAAAGAAGGGUUGAAAUGGAUGAAAUGUUGCCUUGGAGAAACCAUGAAUGGCUAGUAAGAUUUGCUGUUCACUUGCUCCAUCUUACAAUAAUGUGAUUGGGCAGACACCCCCACCUUUUUAGAGAUACUAGGUCUUUGCACCUCUUAAUUCUAAACUUGCUGUGAAGUUCCAGAAUGAACUAUUCAUCUAUUACCAGCAUAUUAUCUGUGUAUUUGUAGUAUUCAAACUACAGAAACAUCUGUCAGCAUAUAUGUGCAGUUAUUGGAAUUUAAAUAUGUGACAAGUCUUUUUAAUCUUGGACACUUGAUGUUUGCAGAACAGACUGUUGAGGUUUGGUACUUGAUCUCAGGCACAAAGGCUGAGCCUGAUCCCGAAGUACCAUAUGACUAUUUUAAGUUAUGAGAGGUACUACAAAUUAGACCCUAAAAUUAGUUGUUCACAAUUUUAAAAAUCUCCUUUUUAAUGGGUUGCAAGCACAACUUGCCUGUGUUUCUUGUGAAACAUGAAAAUGUCAAUCUAAUGUUAAGGCAUGUAUGUAUGUAUGGUCCUAUAAUUUUGUUUUCUGUUUUUUCCCCUUUCAGGUGUGAAUCCAAAUAUGACCUACCAUUCACUCUACAGAUACUUUGUGGAGCUGUGGAUCUACCUAGGCUUAGCAUGGCUUUCUCUCUUUGUUAACUGGAAGGUCAGCAUGUUUGUUGAGGUCCACAAAGCAAUCAAGAAACGAAGGAAAAAAAGGAAGGAGUCCUUCGAGACCCACCCUCCUACAAAAAAAGCUCUUCAGAUGUCUAACCCAAAAGAUGUGAACAUUUUCAGCUUCCUUUCCAAGAAGCAAGAGACUUACAAUGAUCUCAUCAAGCAGAUUGGAAAGAAGGGUCUGAAAACAAGCAAUGACAAAAUCCUAAAUGGAGAGCCAGUGAAGCCAGCCUUGCAACAUUCUAGCCAAGAUGUCAAAGUGAUGUACACAAGGAGCAAGUUGUUUGACUAUGAUGAGGUUUCUCUGGGACUCCAAAACUUUCAUGUUAUGAGGCAUCUAACUGAUAGACGUAUUGGGGAUAGCCCAAUUGAGGGCAGUGGGUUUGUAAAUCAACUGGAUCGGAUCAGUGAGGAAGAAGGAGAAGCAUGGGACUCCAGGGACUAUCGACCCCUGAUCUUUGAAAAUGCCAAUAUAACUUUUGUAAAUGAAGAUGAGGAUGAAGAGGAUAUUUCAGAUGAUGAAGAAACUUCAAAGUCGUCUAUGGAUGACAAUCUUGCAGAGGAGCCAGAGUCUCCAAAAAAACUGGUGACAUUUUCAUCCUCUGAUGAAUCUACGUUUACCAAUAACGAUUUAGAGAUAUCUGUGCCUUAUGAGCAGCUAUUGAAUGAAUACAACAUAGUGAAUACUGCAAAAGCUGCAACGUGAACAACAGCUUUUUCUUUUUUGUUACUGGCUUCCUGAAGAUCAUUUAACACAGAUUUGAACAGAUGAACAUGCAUGAGGAGGAAAAAGGGGAAGGUGUACCAUGGUUGGCAUUUUCUACUGCCACCACCUCCUUGUAUUAGUAUACUGAAAGCGUUCAACAGCUAGGUGUUAUCUCUAGUUGUUUGUUACUCAGUUUGAUUACUCACUGUGAAGUGACAAUUCUAAAAACUUGAGGGUUCCUUUUCCCUUUGGGGAGUUGGUCGUGCUUGAAGUUAGGAAGAAAAGCCUAGAGUUAUUGGGCCUAUUCAGUAUUUGAUGAAGAAUGACGUUCUGAUUUUGAAAUCAGACUGGUUUGGAUUGAUUGUAUGUAUGACAUGGCUGGUUACUGCACUAACUCUUGAUUUCUGAAAAACUGAAUUCAGAUCACAUCUAGGCUCAGAGUGGAAAAUGUUGAUUGUUUCAUGCAAGCUCAAAAUCGCACAAUGAAGCUCUCUUUCCAUUCUCCUUCAAAGGGAUGCUUUGAACCAGAAGGGCUGAGUAUCUAAAGGUCAGAGUUGAGAUACAUUGGCAGUCCUGACUAGGGAACUUGAACAAUAACUGCUCAAGUUAUGCCAGUUCUGCUGAGUCGUGAGCUGAAGGUCCAUGAACAAAAGCACUAACUUAGACACAGAACCAAUUUUAUGGAGACAUUAUAUCUUCUAUUGUACAAGAAACUAUCUGCAGUUAAACCUGGUUAUAAUGAAAAGUACAUAUGACUAAUAUUUAAAAAUUAGAAACAGAUUGGUGCGAGGAGAUUGCAGAUGACAGAUUUAAAAUGAAGAAAAGCACAGUGGCAAACAGUUUUGCAUCAGAAGUGCCCUUCCAUUGUCCAUAGUCUACAGAAAAUACUUGAAUUUCAUGUGCUCGUGUCUCCUAAGUGAAGUUUGGUGACACUGCCCUUUUGAAUGACUGGUUUUUAGAUAUAUAAAAAAUGCAAAACACAGCCUGAAUACCUUGAUGUUUGUCUGAACAGCCGAAGAGCUGCUUUGUUAUAUUCAUUGUCUCUCUGAUUCUAAAACAUUCCAUUUUUCUCCACUCCAUUUGAUACUUUAGAGUAGAUGUAUAUUUGUUAUGGGCACACAGUGUUGUUGGUUUUUCAUAUAUUUCUGCUGUAUUUCAACUGCUUUCUAAGUAAAAUGAAAAUGUUAACUAGCAUUUGGGGAGAGUAUGAGAAGACUUAUAAAAGCAGCCGAAGCUGGAUAUCAUGGCGAAGGGCUUUAUCUGAUAAUUGGCUUUGCAUGGCAGAGAAAUAAUUAACUCAGUGGUUGGUAUUCCUUUUUAAAUUACAUUAUAAAUCUUUGGAGCAGAGUUACAAUGGUGAACAAUCUAAGCAAGUGUUCUAGCCUAAGUGUUCUAGAUCACAGUCCUAGAGAUGUUUGAGGAUCAGGUUGUGAGACACUCCAGUGUAGAUUUUAAUUGUACUUCCUCCUGUUUUGAUCUGAAAUGGAAGAAUUAGUGGAUGAUGAAAAUCUUGGAGGGAGGAUUUUUGAAUCUGACAUGGUAAAAAGGGCCAAGUGGAAUUUUUGCAGUACUGAUCUUGAAUGAUUAGAUAUACUCAAACUUCUCUUUUUGACUACUGUUUGGCUUCUGAAGAGUGGGGAAGAGGUGUGUAGUAUUCCCUUUCUUAGAAAAUGUCUGCAGAAGGACAGCUCAAAGGCAUUAGCUGCAAAAGAUGGUCUGUUCAUUUCUGUUUGGAAAUGUGUACUGUAUAUACAAGGAAGGUUGCAAGAGGAGAAAAGAAAUUAAGAAGGAAUCCAAAACUUCUAUUUUCUCACACUUUUCUAGACAGGAAAUUGUUCAAUUGGAUUUGCCAGUGUUAUCUUAUGCAUUAUGUAAUGUAUAGCUGAAAUAAGGCCAAGAGGCUAGUGAUGUUUCUCUUAGAGGCUUUGUGGCUACUUUUUUUUCGACUGACCCUUUGCAGGCAUGACUUAUUUUUACCUCUGUAAAACAACAUUUGGCAUCAAACAGUUUCACAACUCAAAAAAUGUUGUCCUGCUGUUUUUAUCAGUGACAGUGUUCCUCAUAUUAAUAGCAGUUAAUACACUAAGUACUGAACUGUGUCCCAUUUUUGUUACAGAAGUGCAAAUCAUUCUUAUGAAAAUAACUUCAUAAUGUUGACAUUUCAAUCUGCUGUGUCUUCCAUGAAUGAAUGACUUAAAGGUUUCUCUCUGUACUAAAAGAGGUACAGAACGGUGCACACUUCUUUUAGAGUCAAGAUCAGUAUAGGAACAGCCAAGAAACAACGUAUAAUUCCCUUGAAACAUUACGUCUUCUUGGUGUGACUGUUGUGUUGUUUAGUGCAUAGGCAGGCAGAAACAAAAUGAUAGGAACUUGAAGCUGAGGUCUCCAUCUUAAGGCUCACCUGUACAUCUACAGGUGAGCUUGUGUGUCCUGAUGAAAACAUAGGUUAGGUACUGCUCUUUAGAUGUGAUUAACACCUUCCUAGGAAAUAUUCUGCAUUUUAGGAACUUUACCCACUUCCAAGGAAACCUUAUCCUUGUUUUAAGUGAAGACAAAUUUGAUAGAUACAAAUGCUUCAGUGUUCUGCCUAGUGCCUGGCUAAAAUCAAAGUGGACAUGUGAGAAACAGCUGGAUCAUCUGAUAGAAUCUUACCUCUCAACAAAUCCACCAUGUGCCUUGCAGUGGGGUUUUUUGGUCAUAAAGUGGCCAGCCCAAAAGGCUAUAUGCGUAACUUACUGGAUCAUGGUUUUUAGCUGCUGAAAGCUAUUCAUUUACCCUUCACUCUUCUAUGAUUCUACCCGUUAGUUGUUGGUUUCUUUCUUUACCUGGCAUUCAUUAAACAAUGGAGUCACCUUAGACCUACCAGAGGACUGGUUUGCCUUAGCACUCUCCUGGUCUGAAGUACUGUCUUCCAUGUUUAGUGGAGCUUCAGUCUUUUUCAGUCUAAGUCCCUUUGAAGUGCCUUUGACUACCUUGAAUUCUCAGCCAAGUAUUGAGAAGGAUUUCCAUAAUGUGAAAAUAAGCGAAAGUGUUAGGUUUGGAAACUUCUUCUCCUCCUCCGGCCUGAGAGCAGGGAAUCUCCACUUUAUGUUCAUGUUAUAGGUGUUUAUGGAAGGGAUUUUUUUUUUAAAAAAGAUAGCUGCUAACCUUCAAAAGCACCAGGGCAUCAAUCUUAUGCAUGUGUUUCAGUAGGGAAAGGGAGGAGUCUCCUUCCCACCUAUCUCUACCAAGCUGUGGAUCAUGAAACCUUGGUACUGCUGCUUUACCUUUUGCCCCACCGCUACUGUUGUCACUGGGCUCAGAACAACCCAGAAUGCUGGCAAUAGCUGCUAAGCUUCAUAGUGUUAUUGAGAGGAAAUACAGUUCCAUAAAUUGGACCAAACAACCCACCAACUCUCCUUCUUUUUCCUUAACAGUGUAUAGCAGUGGUUUUCAACCAGUGUGCCUUGAAUGGUGGUCAGGGGUGCCGCGGGCAACACUAGCCUCUGUUCCUCUUUCUUUCCCUCCCUUCCUCUGAUCCCCUCUCGCAUUUCUGCAUCCCAAAGACUUGCGCAGCUGUUUCUUGCAGCAGCUCUGGCUAUAAGAUCUGUGAGCGAAUGGUGCCUCUGGGAAGCACCUCUCUUUGGGGCAGGCAGCUCAUACACCAGGAACGGCAGCAGUAGCUGCCCAGAUGACUCCCAAGGAGAGGGGGGGAGAGAGGAAGCUGAGGGAACACCCCACAAGGGAGGGUGUUCAAAAAAGGGUGAGAGGCUGCCAGCUCUACACACAAGGGGUGACACUACUGGACUCCUGAGAGCCACUCCUGAGUGUGGACUUCUGGGUGCCACAGAAAGAAUGUAGUUGGUCAAGGGAGCCAUGGAUCACAGAAGGUUGUUGAAAACUUCUGGUGUAUAGGAUAUUCUCACCACCCGAAUUAGCCAAACAAUGGAGUCAUUCCUGGGACUGAGGUUGGGUAUUCAACUAUCUUAUAGUAGGGUGGCAACUAGGUGAUAAUUUGCUCUGAAAAAUGCAGGAGAAGCUUUACAACCCACCCACCAGAUUGAUGUUUGAUUUAUAUGCAUAUCCACUGCAAAACUGACCCAUAGAUAGUGUAAAUGGUAUAUCGCUCUAGCUUUUCUCUUAAAAGGGGGCCACUAAAUGAAGCUCUGAAACACUUGCUUACACAACUGUUAUGAAUUUAAUAUAGUGGUAUGAAACUUUUAAGCAACAUUUUUAUUGGUUCUUCUUAAUUUGAAUACAUAGUUGACUCCAUUGCUGGCAAUGGGUGUUUCAAAACAUAUAAACUAAGUUUUCUGCCCUGAGCAUGAUCUGAUUCUCCCCUUAUUUUAUUGAUACGGUACAAGUGAAAAUGUACUAGUAUCUUCUCUGGAAAAAGUAUUAUGUAUGCCUGCUGAUUUUAAAAGUUGCCUAGAGCCUUUAGUUUUCAUGCUUUCUAUGCUGCACUGAAUUUUAAAAUGAGGGUCUCCAUUUUCAUAUGCUUCUGGAAGUGUGCACAGACCUAAUGAUCUCAUCUCUCACUCCAUCACAUGAAUAGGCACAAUUCCUGUUUCAGUCUGUACUUUUGUUUGCUGAUUUGUGUCACUGGAAUCACUGUAUGUACAUAUUAGACUUUGUAAAAUGUAAUUUAUUUUAACUCUUUUUCAAUAAAAAGUGAUUAUUAUUUUUAAAAAAGAA